UGUGACGUCACGACACACCCCUGUUUGAGGUGGCGACUCCCCGUGUAAUGGGCAUCGGAAUUGACCAAACAGUGGCCGGAUGGGCCGAAAUGCCACCAACCACAACACGAGAGACACGCCGAGCCCACCUGUGAUUGGUUAAUGGAGGGGCUGGGGGGAAAUCCCUCUUUCCCGUAGAGGUCCUGAAGAGGGGGCGGCGCAUAACAAAAAGUAAUGGCCAUCUAUUUGGGUCCUGAAGAAGGAGGGGUAUUUCUUGUCGAACUAUCGUAUGUGUGAUUGAGUUUUCUUCGUGCGUUUGUCCGCCAGUGAUAUCCAGUUGCGCCUCAACCGUUUUCCGUUUGACGCCCGUCGGCUUCGGUCGCAGAACGGUUAAUACGCUGGCUGAACUUGGUACCGCGUUUUAGGGUUAAUGCAGGCAGCUAGCCACGCUAACGUUAGCUACCACCAGCGCUGCUGUGUGUGAGAGCCAACGUCUGGAAGGGCGUACGAGUUUGACGUUUUCUCCCCGAAGUCUCCUCACAUUUUCUGAGUUAAGUACUACGCGGGUCCUUGUUACUCAAAGCUAACACGGCCAGUCAACAUGGAGGGGGCACACUUUGCGAGAGCGUGAAGACGGCGACACACGGUGACUAAAGAGGAUUAAAAAGCAGCUCGGUCUUGAUGGGGAAAAGUUGAGCUGAGGAUUAACAACUUGGAAUAAACUGAAGAAAGCUUUCAAGUGUUACCUAUUGCACACGGGCAUGCUAAAACCUCAGUGAUGGAGUCCACGGUUGUGAGUACAUCCACUCUGGCCCCUGAUGAGUUCGAUAGGAAUGUGCCGCGGAUCUGCGGCGUGUGCGGCGACAAAGCCACCGGCUUCCACUUCAACGCCAUGACCUGUGAGGGCUGCAAGGGUUUUUUCAGGCGCAGUAUGAAGCGCAAGGCUGCCUUCACUUGUCCCUUUAACGGCAGUUGCACCAUCACCAAGGACAACAGGCGCCACUGCCAGGCCUGCCGGCUCAAACGCUGCGUGGACAUUGGCAUGAUGAAAGAGUUCAUUCUGACAGAUGAGGAAGUGCAGAGAAAGAAGGACCUGAUUCAACGAAGGAAGGAUGAGGAGGCACAGCGCGAAGCAGAGAGGGAGGCACGGCGGCCCCGGCUUACCGACGAACAGAGUCAGGUCAUUGCCACGCUGGUGGAGGCACACCACAAAACAUAUGACGACUCCUACUCCGACUUCUGCCGUUUCAGGCCUCCUGUGCGUGAGGGCCCGGUGACGCGUAGCGCCAGCAGAGCUGCCUCUCUCCACUCUUUAUCUGAUGCCUCCUCUGACUCCUUCAGUCACUCUCCAGAGUCAGUAGACACCAAAAUGAACUUCAACAACCUGCUGAUGAUGUACCACGAGCAGGGCAGCAGCCCCGACUCCAGCGAGGAGGAGGGCUCCAGCUUCUCCAUGCUGCCCCACCUGGCUGACCUGGUGUCCUAUAGCAUCCAGAAGGUUAUUGGCUUUGCCAAGAUGAUCCCUGGGUUCAGGGAGCUGACUGCAGAGGACCAGAUCGCCCUGCUCAAGUCCAGUGCCAUUGAGGUGAUCAUGCUGCGCUCAAAUCAGAGCUUCAACCUGGAAGACAUGUCCUGGAGCUGUGGUGGGCCUGACUUUAAAUACCAGAUCAGUGAUGUCACCAAAGCGGGCCACACUCUGGAGCUGCUGGAGCCGCUGGUGAAGUUCCAGGUGGGCUUGAAGAAGCUCAACCUGCAUGAGGAGGAACAUGUGCUGCUGAUGGCCAUCUGCUUGCUUUCUCCAGACCGCCCAGGUGUGCAGGACCACGCACGAAUCGAAGCCCUCCAAGACAGACUGUCCGAGACCCUGCAGGCCUACAUCCAGCUUCACCACCCAGGAGGACGGCUGAUUUAUGCCAAGAUGAUCCAGAAACUGGCCGACCUGCGCAGCCUCAACGAGGAGCACUCCAAACAGUACCGUUCGCUCUCCUUCCAGCCGGAGCACAGCAUGCAGCUCACCCCGCUGGUGCUGGAGGUGUUCGGCAGUGAAGUCUCCUAGAGGCCAGCUCAGAACCUGGGCAGUGAUGAGGAAGCUAGAGACAAGAGCCCUCGGGGUUAAAAUGUAGGGAGAGAGCAGAGGUGUGGCGUAUGAAGUGAGUGGAGGAGAGAACGUAGUGUGUAUGUGUGUGUCUGCAUGUUUGUGUUGGGUGUGUGGUUUCAUGUGUGUCUUGUCUGAAGAAGUCUAUGUUGGCGUAAAGGCCAAGGUUAUAUGGAGAGCAAGCAGGUGUUAAGAGACACAGCAAACAAGGAAGCUUCAUAUAAUACAUAUUAAACUAUACAUACGUCUGCCUA